UUUGUUGUGUGUGUGUGACAGAGAGAGUGAGAGAUUUUGUUGAAGGAACUUCUUGUUGUUCUUCUUUUCUCAUUGUGAGACUGAGAGGAAGGGAGUGAGAAGUGAGGACUGAGAAGAGAGGAGGGAGAGUGUGGGUGACUUGGGAGAAGCAAAUGGAGAAAGCUCUGACAAAAGUUGGGAGCUUUUGGAUUUCCAAGAAAGCCAAGGAGGAGAUCUCCAACAUCACUGAAGACCUCUCUUCUCUUUCAAAUACGGUUGAAGAGAAGGCAAAAUGGAUAUUCAACAAACUGAAAGGUAAGCCAUUGAAAGAGUUGCCAGAUCUCCUCCGAGAGUACAACCUUCCUCCUGGGCUCUUCCCCCGGAACAUAACAUGUUAUGAAUUUGAUCAAUCAAAGUCCAAGCUCAUAGUGUAUUUUCCCUCCCCCUGUGAGGUGGGCUUCAAGGAUUCAUCCGUUGUAAGGUACGCAACUCGCGUUAAAGGGACAUUAUCAAGGGGAAAGCUCACUGGAAUAGAAGGAAUGAAAACAAAGAUUCUGGUGUGGGUGAAGAUCACCAGUGUGGCCGUCGAAAGCUACAAGUCUGACAAAGUGUGGUUCACAGCUGGUGUAAAGAAAUCAAGGCCCAAAGAUGCCUAUGAAAUGCCUAGCAAUGCCAUUAAAGUAGAAGAAUUUUGAUGUUGUUACUGUAAACUUUUGUACUGAAAUAUGUUGUGCAUGACCUCAUUCAUUAUCAUUGUUACUCAUACAAAAAUGUUCCAUAUGUUGAUAGCUUGAGAAAAAUGAAGGUUAAGUGGCCAGUUCUGUGGA